AUGUAUAAGCUGAUUAAGACCGUGAUAAAGACUACAUUCAUUAUUGGGCUGAUUCACACCGCAAGCUGCCGAGACGUAGAAGCAAUGCAUGCGAACAAGUACAACUUACUUGCGCACAGUGAUUGGGCGAAAGUUCCAUCAAACGUUCUUUUGGUGCUGAACAAGCAUGCCAAGACGGCGUCUGAAGAGCAGUCCAUGGAAGAGGUGGAGGCAAUCGCAGAGGCAAACGAGGAAGUGCUUUCGCUGGAAGCCCCCGGGAAAAGCGAUGUAAAGUACGGCAAGAACGUGAAGUCGCUCAAAGCCAGAAUCAUGAACCUUUUCUGCCAGGAUGAGACCACUGUGGAGGCCUCCCCGGAGAAGAUGGAGAGCCAGCAGGAAGAGGGCGCACAGAACUCGCAGAUGGAAAUAUUCGAAGAGGCCGAGGCAGAAGCUGUAAGGGAAAUUCCAAACAUAGCUGCGCCGACAACUGCAGAGGCAAAAGUCGAAGAAACAGUCGAAGAAAACGUCGAAGAAAAAGUCGAAGAAAAAGUCGAAGAAAAAGUCGAAGAAAACAUCGAAGAAAAAGUCGAAGAAAAAGUUGAAGAACAAGUCGAGAAAGUACCCGAGCCCACCCCAUACGUGUGGAUGGAGGCUACCCCAGAGGGAAACACUGUAGCUCGCAUGCUCACUAAGAGCGAGUACGUUCGAAUGUGCAAGCUGCAAGCCCAGAAGACGAGAGAGAACUCCGCUGUAAACGCGUUCCUUUACAGAUGCAUUGUAAACAUCAAGAGGGCAGUAUACACAGUUUACAUAUUUGUUGGGGGGCAAGUUCUAUACCAAAUAGUCUCACUUGUGCUCAGCACAAUGGACACGAGCAUCACAGCACUCACAUACCACGGAGUCCCUCUGAUUGGAGUCUCUGUUCCAGUUGUGGCAGCUCUUUUCCUCGCCAAGCCAGGAUACAAGAAGGCAAAGGGAGUCGUCCUGACACUGCUCAGCGUUCUGAGCUUGUACCAGAUAAAACACGCUCUCAUUCAGAACUCGUUCUUCACUAAUCUGCUCCUGAACUGGCCCUUCAUCAUGGCUCUGCUCGCCAUCCUAUACAUAUACGCUGGAGAGUACGCGUUCAGAAGCGAAGGAAACAAGCUCUUCCCAGCAGAAAGGAGGAAAAGCACCGCAAGAAAGAUCGCCGUCGUUACAGUAGUGUCAACCAUGCUUUCCUGCAUGGUCGCGUGCUGCCUGCCAAUCACGGCAGCAAGUGUCCCAGCAGUCAAAUACCUGCUUCUGGCUGGAAACGUGUCUGCAGUCCAGAUCCUGCAGAGCCAGAUCAUGGUCCUCGGCUACGGAAUCUGCGUGCUCCUCCUGAACAUGCGCGCUUCCGUCGACAUGCUUGACAAAAAGGGAAGGAUAACGGCCGGAAUUAGAAUAGGCGAAAUGGUUAUGAGCGUCCUUGCAGCCGCAGGAAUCCUCAUAUGCCUCUCCGCGAAGGUGCAUGCCACGUGCAUCGACCUUUUCGGGCUUUCCCUGGUUUUGGUCGGGGGUUCAUGCCUGCUCAGCCUCGGAACAAAAAUGCUCCCAGAAGACUCCGUUGUCAGGAAGUCCAAGAACAACAUCUCUGUGGUUCUGCUUGCAAUCGCGUUAAACAUCGCUCUUAUGGCGUUUGUGUACAUUGUAAUGCACCUGUUUGGACAAGAGAAGAUCAUUCUCAGCGCUUUCGAGAGAAUUUCCGCGCAGGCCCGCUGGGUCCUUGCAGUUUCUGCAGGCGCCAUGCAAAGCGCGCGCUCUCUCUUCACACGCAGAUCUGUCUCGUGA